AUGGCGUCCUCGAAGCUCGUCGCCAGCCUCUUCCUCGCCUUGGCGCUGGUCGUCGCCACCGCGCCAGGGCCCUCGCAAGCCGCCAGGGCCGAGCCCGGCUGCUGCGCCCCGUCGCCGGCGCCGUCGCCGUCGCCGGGCGAGGAGCAGGCGACGGCGUCGUCGUGCGUGUCGUGGUUCAUGGGGAUGACCCCGUGCCUGGACUUCCUCACCGACGCGAGCGUGCCGGCGCCUUCGAGCACCUGCUGCAGGGGCCUCGAGUCGCUCGUCGACGGCGCGGCCGUCUGCCUCUGCCACGCCACGAACGGCGACAUCGACAACCUCAUGCCGGCGAACACGGACUUCACCCGCGUGGCGGACCUCCCGGCGACCUGCGGCGUCGCGUUGCCGGUGGAAACGCUCUCCAAGUGCCAAAGAAAGCCACCGUACCACCAGUAG